AGACCAACAUCCAUUGAUUCCAUUCAUCAGUUCUCUUGUUGUUAAAGUACUUUGGUUUCUGCUAACUUUUUUGGGUCUCAAAAGUCUUGAAUAUCGCAGCAACAAAGAGAAAACACAGUAGCUAGAAACAAAUACCGAAAAGGAUGAGGGAAACUCCGAAAUGUAAAAAAAACAAAAACAAAAGCAACCCUUCUUGUUAAAUCUUGCUUUUUUUUUCCUUGAAGGCAGAGAGAGAGAGAGAGUAGUGAGAAUGGGGAUAUUGCAAGAGGAUGUUGUUGUGAUAAGUCAAGCGGAGAAGCCUGGAGAGCCGGCUGUGAUUACUGUGAAUUGUCCUGAUAAAACUGGACUUGGUUGUGAUUUGUGCAGGGUUAUCUUGCUUUUUGGAUUAAGCAUUUGUAGAGAAGAUGCACAAACGGACGGGAAGUGGUGCUAUUUAGUGUUUUGGGUGGUGGGGAAGCCUAACACAAGGUGGGAUUUGUUGAAGAAGAGGCUAUUGGAGGUGUGCCCGUCAUAUUUUUCAACCUCAGAAUUUGACUACUACAAGCCUGAGAACCAACAGCCAAAGCCGCCUGAUGUAUUUCUGUUGAAGUUCUGGUGCGCUUAUGACCGUGAAGGCCUUUUACAUGAUGUAACUGAGUUUCUAUGGGAGCUGGAGCUAACAAUAAAAAGAGUGAAGGUGUCCACUGCUCCAGAUGGGAGAGUGCUGGACCUCUUUUUCAUCACAGAUAAUAGGGAACUUCUUCACACAAAAAUGAGACAGGAGGAAACAAUUCAUUAUCUGAAGAAUGUGUUAGGGAAGGCCUUGAUUAGUUGUGAGAUCGAAUUAGCUGGGGCAGAAGUUACUGCAUGUUCUCAAUCAUUUCUUCCUCCUGCAAUCACAGAAGACAUGUUUAAUUUGGAGCUUCCCAAUAAACACCGGAGUGGCUUUCUUGCUCCCAAUCCUGUCUCUGUUACAGUGGACAACACCUUCAGCCCUUCGCACACUCUCAUUCAAAUUCUCUGCAAGGAUCACAAGGGUCUCAGUUACGAUAUAAUGAGAACACUAAAGGAUUAUCAUAUCCAGAUUUCUUAUGGGCGUUUCUUUGCGAACCGAAAAGGAAACUGUGAGGUGGACUUGUUCUUAAUGCAAGCAGAUGGCAAGAAGAUAGUUGACCCCAACAAACAGAAUGCCUUGUGUUCUCGUUUGAGAAUGGAGCUUCUGCGUCCUGUAAGACUUGCUGUGGUUAGUCGAGGUCCUGAUACUGAGCUGCUUGUUGCAAACCCUGUUGAGCUGUCUGGCAGAGGCCGGCCUCUUGUCUUCCACGACAUUACUCUGGCUCUCAAGACUCUAAACACCCGCAUCUUCUCGGUAGAGAUAGGGAGACACAUGAUUCACGAUCGGGAAUGGGAAGUCUACAGAAUACUACUCGAUGAAGGGGAUGGUUUACCUGUGUCCCGGAACAAGAUUGAGGAGGGUGUUAGAAAAGUAUUGAUGGGCUGGGAAUAGAUUGAGAUGUUAACUUCAGUUAGGGCCCCUCACCGUCUCCGUACAGUUUAUCCUUUCGAGUCUCUAGUACAGCUAGGCGCUAACCGCAUGCUAAAUACAGAUCAAGAAAUUUCUCAGGAGUAAUGACAAGUUCUUUUAUCUCUGUUGAAAUGUUAAAAAAAAAAAAAACAUGAUGCAGGUGCAUUAUUUUUUCUUUUAAAAAGCUAAUAUCUUUUUCAUGA